GCUCUCUCAGCUUAUCGCUGACGUUGCCGCUGGACUUCCAUACCCUGUGUCCUGACACUAGCAGAUAUGAGCACGCACUCCGGAUUUUUCAAAGGGGAUAAUCACGUAGAGGUGAUGUCGGUCAUUGCCAACUGCGGAACAGACACCAAGCGGGCUCGGGAUGCACUCAUUAUCUAUAUCUUGGCGAAGCAGCGCAAGGGAAAGUCGGCUGCGUAUAUUGAAGGUAAGCUCACAGACAUGGAAUGUUCAUUUGGGAGCGACCCCUCGCUGCAUUCCGCUUUCCACAAAGCCCGCUCUAAGACGGGCAUGCCUCCGUCCCAGGUUCUCCCGUCUCCUCCGCCAGGGAUCAUGGGAAAAGCUUCCGUCGGCUCCCGCCCUUCUGGUUCUGACUACCACAAUGAUUCCUCGUCACAUCCCAGUCCGGCUCCGGCGCUAAUAGCUACGUCGGUUUCAGCACCAUCGCCGACGUACUGGAGACUCCGUCCCUCCAACUCGGCUGACGGCCCGGCUCAGGUGCCACAUAUACAGACUGAACCAGGUUGGGCAGCAACUUUUAUAGCGGACUCGGCCACAUCUGUAGAGACGUCACGGAGGAGAGGGAAUACAUAUGCUGGUCCCAGCAGGCCGCCGUCGUACAUGACCAGUGCUUCACAACAUGGUUCAGGCCAUCCGCACGUUCACCAGCAUAAUGAUCAUGAAUACACCCUCACCCUUGCCAACAUUGGCAGAAAUUCCCCUUUAGACGUCCCGUGGAGGACGGACGCGCUGCUCCUGCCAAUCGAGCCGCUUGCUGGUCUGUCCUGCAGGCUGCCUACCUUCGAACACUCCGACUCGCACAUGUCGGGUAGUGAAGCGGAACACCACUCAUUUUCUCGAGGAAUUGGCGCUGGAAACCACGUCCUAUACAGGAUAAGCGAAGAUCUGGAGUUCACGAUGAGCUCGCUGUCCCUGCCGGCUGUCGUGCGACGCGAAAUCAUCAAGUGCGUGUUUUGUGAGCGGGGCUACGACCGCGAGCGAUGGUCCACUGUUCUCGGCGAGUGUGGACUCGAUUCUGCCUCAGCGGUGUAUUUGCUAGAGGAAAUGGACAGGGAAGUUGCGUAUCGUGGAUCCAGAGAUGGUUUCUAGCACUACUGAGUACUUAAGUAGCGGGUAUGUCUCCUGUCGUGUGCGGGUGGUUCAAGAUAUUUACACGUUAUUUAUUGUAUGAGUACAUGAUACCUUUAUUGAUCAAUAGCUGGGACCUCUUCUAUAUAAAAUUUGUAUGCAUUUACAACUUUCUCAUGUAUUCGAGCAUGUCCAAG